CGCUGGGUAUUGAAGGCACAUCAAGAACGUGCAAUAAUGACUCAGCAAACGCCCUAUAUUGGCAGUAAGAUCAGCCUCAUAUCUAAGUUGGACAUUCGUUAUGAAGGCAUUCUUUAUACUGUAGACAAAAAUGAGUCAACUAUUGCUCUUGCCAAAGUCCGUUCAUUUGGAACAGAAGAUCGUCCAACUGUUAAUCCAGUACCAGCGCGUAAUGAUGUUUACGAUUAUAUAAUCUUCAAAGCGAGCGAUAUCAAGGAUCUUAUAGUAUGUGACACGCCUAAACCUGUCGCACAGUUAAGUAGUGGCUUGCCGUACGAUCCUGCAAUUCUCACUGUUUCAUCACAGAGUCACGUUCUACCUCCACAGUCAAAUGAUGCUGUCAGUAAUGUCAAUCUCAUAAGUGCUGGAUCAUCGAGAUCAGAGACGCCAACUCAAAUAACGGUUGGUGUUGAUGAAGGCCAGGAAGGUGCAUUAUCCCAAGUUUCGUCGCGUGCUCCGGGUUCUGGUCGCGCAGUUCGUAGUAAUUCGGUGACCGAUGAAGCACUACACGCUCAACAUGCUUUCCAUCAUCAAAAAAUUCGCCAGCCAACGGGAGCGCCACUCGCGGCUCGAGCGCCGCUUACCAUGGGCACCCGUCCGCCAGGUUUGGUUCCAAUAAUGCAACAAAAUUAUCGCAAUAUGGGCCCACAGCCAGCAGGUUUCGGUCAGAGACAAAUUUAUCGCGGAGGACAAAGAGGUGCUGGAAACUACUACCAGCGAGGAUACGUUGGUGGUUGUUUCUCUAGGGGUCAGCGUGGAGGUGCCAUGGGUAAAACCCAGACGCCGAAGGAGCGUUUCAAAUAUGACACCGAUUAUGAUUUCGAAAAGGCUAAUGAGCAGUUCCAGGAAACGUUGAACCAUUUAGCUAAAGAUCUCAAGAAGACGAAACUUGAAGAAGGCGGAUCUGAGAAGGGCUCGAAUGCAUCAGAUGCGGGAGCGGACGUAGUCGAUGAAGGGGAAGUGAAUGAGAGUUGUGAGGAGAACAAAAUUCCAACCACUUAUUACGACAAAAGUUCAUCGUUCUUCGAUAGGAUCUCGUGUGAAGCCUUGGAAAAACAGGAAGGGAAACAACCACGAACCGAUUGGCGCAAGGAACGUGAAACUAACCAACAAACGUUUGGCCAUCUAGCUGUUCGCUCGUUAGCUUAUCGCAGGGGACGUGGUUAUCAGGCUGGCAGGAACAUGAGGGGCGGAAAUAAUCUUUAUCGUUGUAACAAUAAUUUCAAUUAUAAUGGUCAGCGUGCUGGCUUCGGUUUUUACCAGAAUGGUUAUCAUCGACGUGGAGGUCAUCGCAACCAUACCAUUAACGAGUGA